AUGUGUUUUGCGGUGAAACGGCCAGCAAAGCACCCAAAGCUCUCUUUUUCUUUCUUCCAAAGGGUUUAUUCCUUCUCCUCUUCUUCUUCAGAUUGUUUGAUGUUGGAAAGAGAUGACAAGUCCGUGAUGCAGGUGAGAAAUGGUUCUGAUCCAAAACUCCAGAGGAGAAAUAGUACUCCAGACUCGAGGCUCGAUAGGAGAAUCAUUGCUCCUAGUUCAAAGCUAGAGAGGGGACUUAGUGUUCCGGCUAAUCCAAAGCUCGAUAGGACAAAUGGUUCAUCAACUUCGGCUGUUUUCGAUCGAAGACACAAUUGGACUCAAAUCUCACCCGCACUCUAUGCUACUCCAGAGUCAACUCCACUUUCCGAUGCCCCUUCUUCAUUCCCUCCAUCUCCUUAUAUCAUUAAUCACAAGCGGCGAGGCCCUCGACUCAUGAAGUGUUUCUCUGAGGAUGAUGUUGUGACUCACCAUCGAGGCGUGGAUGAGAAUAAGUUCAAUGAGAAUGGAAAAAAUGCUGAAAAGGAGCUUGCAAGCAUAGCUAAGGAUGACACCUGUGUUCAUAAGCAACAUGUGGACGCAUUUGAGGAUGAUAGUUAUACACCAAAUGUUCUAAAUGCUGCCAGCCAGGAGGAUCUGAAUGGUGUGUCUGAUGGAAAACAUGGAAGCAGUGAUUCGACCAAUGGUUCAACUGUUAAACAUAGUGCGACGAAGUCUGUCGGAUUUAAUUUGCGGCGAGAUGGUGAGGUAGAUGAUUUCUUUGAUAGCCAGGACUUGAUGAGUGUUAAGAGCAAUAGUGAAAGUGAGGGUGUUGGUGGAGCAGAGCGCUCUUUGAAUUCAAUAACACCAACAGCUGAGUUUUAUGAUGCUUGGGAAGAAUUGUCAUCAGAGAGUGUCCCUCAGUCUUCAAUUCCUGAUAUUGAAACUGAAUUGCGUGAAAUAAGAUUGAGUUUGUUGAUGGAGAUAGAGAAGAGGAAGCAAGCAGAAGAAAUCCUUAACGAUAUGCAAAACCAAUGGAAGAGUAUCCGGGUCCAGUUAUCUCUUGUGGGGUUGACACUCCCCAGGGAUCCAACUACUUUGCAAGUGGGUGGACAGCCAGACAUAGCAAGACAACUUAGGCAAAGGUGGAAGAGAAGACAGAAAUGGGUUUGGGCAUCGAUUGCUUCUGUGGUUACAGUUGGUUCUGCUGUCUUAUUGUGGUCUUACUCCCAGACUGGAAAAGGAUCAUCUUACUCAAGCCAAUCACAUGAUACUGGGGUUGAACGCAUUCCAAGGCAAUGA